CAACAAACAACAGUGACAGCUGCUCCAUGUGCCGCAGUCUGGCGGCAAGUCUUUGCGCUACCCUGUGCUACACUACACAAGCACAUUCGCCAUCAGUUGGCUUUGGACGACACAUUGCUUUGGUAUUUUUACGCAUACUCGCGUGGCGGCAUUCGUUGCGGUGCGACACAAUUCACAACAUUUUCGCGUUCAAUGCACAGCGCGUCUACCCAACAUGCGGUGGCGGCAGCUCGUUCGCGUUCACGCGUUCCACUAAUAUUGUGUUGACAAUAGUGGUAAAUAUGAAAAGCAAAUAAAAGUAAAAUCAAAAAGCAAAAAAAAAACAAAAAUAUAACAACAAGCGCGCACAAAACAAAAGCAGAUCGUCAACUUAUUUAGUUGUGGUCGGCGCGCUUUGCCAUACACAACAUAGUAGUCGCUAGCAGUUUGCAUUGUACGGACCUAAAGCGGAUGGCACCGCACAACUGUUAACCGCAAAAUACUUAGAACGCUAAUAAUUUAAACAUAUACGCAAGGUCGUUGAAAAAAACUGUUUUGUGCUUAUGUGUGCGCGUGUGUGUCUAAAUUAGCAUAACAAUUAAUAAAACAUUCCAAACCCAAAAAGAAAAAAAAACACAAAAGUGAGUGCGCCGCGUCAUGUCCACGCCCGAAGAGUUGGCGCGCCUUGUCGCCAUACACCUGCGUGAUUUGCAGGAAAGUGAACCGAAUUGGACCGUUGCGCAUUCCGAUGUCGCCGGACGCGGUGUCUUCGCAACGCGUGAUAUCGCCGCUGGUGAACUGUUAUUCCGCGAAUGUCCGCUUGUGGUCGGUCCCACAGCGCGUAAGGGCUCCAUACUCAACACAUGCGUUUGCUGUCACAAGCUGCUGGCCGUCAAGGAUUUUCUCUGCAAAAACAAAUGCAUGCUGCCCGUAUGUGAUGCGUGUGCCGACUCUGCGCUGCAUCAUGAAGAAUGCGCGCUCUUCCAGCGCUGGCAGCCAGUGGAGCUGAGUAAGCUGGCGGAGAUGUGUACGGAUAAGAGCGCCGGUCCGCCGCUGGUGAAUCCCUAUUCGCUGCGCAUAUUGACAGCGGUGCGCGUAUUCUUUCUCAAACCCGAUCAGCGCGCGCUCGUCGACGCCAUGCAAGCGAAUGCGGAACGCGGCUAUCGGCAGGAGAUCAUCAAGGCGGCGCAGAGUUUUCGCAAGUUCCCCACUACAGAUAAAUCGUUCAUGGACAAUUUGUUUCGCAUUGUUGGCGUUUUGAAUACGAACGCUUUCGAGGCGCCAUGUCGCAUUGGUGAACACGAGACGCUGUUGCGUGGCCUCUUCCCGCUGACGGCGAUCAUGAAUCACGAGUGCACACCGAAUGCGAGUCAUUACUUCGAUAAUGGCCAAUUGGCGGUGGUGCGUGCGGCGCGUCAUAUACCCAAGGGCGCGGAGAUUACCACCACAUAUACGAAGAUUCUGUGGAGCAAUCCGACGCGUGGCAUUUUUCUCAAAAUGACUAAGCAUUUCGUAUGUGAAUGUACGCGUUGCAAUGAUAAUACGGAGAACGGCACCUACUUGUCGGCGCUCUUCUGUCGCGAGCAGGGCUGCAAAGGCAUCGUCGUACCGGAACAAACGAAAACUUUACAAUCGGAUUGGCGUUGCCUCACCUGCGAUACCGUUGCGCCACACGCGAAGAUGUCGCGCUACCAGGACUUCGCGUUGAACACGAUCAACAAUCGCAUCAACAAGAGCACCGUGCACGACCUGAUCAAUUUCAUUAAUGAUAUGUGUCCACGCUUUUGCCCGCCCUCGAAUUAUGUGCUCGUCGAGGCGAAGUUGAAUGUGAUUUGGCGCAUGCAACGCUUCAAGGGUGAUUUCACCGAGGAUGAGGUGCGACAUCGUGAUCGCUAUCGCGAUGAGAUUUUGGAGAUAUUGGACAAAUUAGGCGCCGGCGAUUGUACACUGAGGAAGCUAAUUACCAAUGAGAUACCGUAAGCGGUGCGUGCGAGUGGAGAGCUAUGCGGGAGAAGAGACAAUGGAAGCGAUUAAAGAGUUUUUGUAUUUAUUGUUGUGUUGUUAGUGUGUAUUUGUGUGCUAAUUAAUACUCAGAGUACCAUAAUGUUGUUGUACUCUUUGAUAAUUGUUGCAAUUUGUUAGUGUUUAUCUCGAAACAACUUUUUGAAUUCCUUUUAAUGUCGCAUUAUUAAUGGAACGCACUGUAAAAUGAAUUCGAAUUCAUGCUCGUUGACUUGUCAGCGGAAAUUUGUGCAAUUAUUUACGCGUCAAUUUAUUUAUUACUAAAUAGUUGUAUCCUCAAAUUUGUAAAUCUCUCUAGCAUUAAUGUUUACACUACUGAGUCUGAAAUAAAUAGCGAAUGACCAAGUGAAUUAUUUAAUGAAAUGUAAUAAAAAAUAAAAAGUCACAGAAGAACUGUAUAAAAAAUGUGUCUAAAUGCUUCAUUUCCUCCGUUGAGUGCAUAAAUUAAAUUCUUCUACGUUGCACUGAAUGUACUUCGGCGCAUUUUUGGUAUACCUUUAGUUGCGUCAGAAGAAUUUACUAUAUAGCAUUUUUAUAUAGUUCUACAUUUGUAUAUACUAUUGUAUUUAGGUGUGUUUAGGUAGUGUUGUUUAAAUUUUAAUUAGACUCGCACAACAUAGAUGACAUUCUUUGACAGCUGUCAACUGGGCCGCAGAACACAUCAACUCAACUAAAGCCAAUCUCUCGCAGAUGAACCAACCAAGCAGCAAAUUGGAAAUUCUGUGACAAUGUGUAAGAUGCAGAAGAUUAAUGUGGCCCUGAUUGAAAUCAAAGAAAUUGUGGCACAUCGUUCGAAAAUAGCAACGACUUGGCGCAGACGACAAGAAAUGCUCAAAAUAAAUUAAAAAAACGCAAGAAUUACCACCCCAACAUUGGCACUUUGCAACGUAAUUAAAAUCUACAACUAAUGAAUAAAAAUAUAUAUUCAUAAUUUCAACGAGGAAGACACAAUUGCAUAUUAUUGGUAAAUACUAUAGUGGCAUGUCUGGCUGCCGGCUGCAAUUUCGAUUAACCCGGCGUGUAUUAACGCAAGCAAAUGUGUAUGUACAUAAAGCAUGUGGUGAGCAGGAAAUUAAAAUAAUUAAAGUAGAGGCUAUUGUUUGGUAGAAUUUAUUAUAUAUUAGAGAGAUCCAUUAAAUGUUAAGUAAGUGAAAUUUUUUGAAUAACAGAUAUAUAAUAACCUGACAUAUGUGUCGUCUGAAGCCGAUUAAGAUGCGAAAGUAAAAUAAUUUUUUUGUUGAGACCAAAAAAAAAUAUUUUUUUUGUAUUGAUAUUAAAAAUGUAUAUGUCAUAUCUUCAACUAGUAUAUUUCUAAUGUUUUUCGGUAUUAAAUGGAAAUAAAUAUAUUUUUGGACUCUCCACCAUAGCUUUAAUUUUGACCUCUCUAUGACAACACAUGACAAUCUUCAAUUGCAACCCAAACUAUGAACUUGAGGCAUCAGUAAUUAAAAUUUUUAAAAAUCCAUGGUACAUUUAAGUACCACCCUAAUAUACAUAUUAUUUUCUCAUGCAAUUUUCAAUAAUUAUGUCUGCUUGUCAAGAGCUUUCAUGGCGCUUUCCCUUGAAAAUGACAAAUACCUUUUUAAUAAUUGAAAAUAUAAUUUGUACAAAAUUAUGACAACAACGCUUAUAAUACAGACACAAUGAAUAUGAAGAGCAUAAAUUUAUAACAAUUAGAUGUAUAUUUAAAUAUUUGAAAGAAUAAAAGAAGAGCGAAAAAAUUAUUCAAAAUAAUUUAAAAGUGCAGACAAACGUUAUUGUAGAUUGUCUUGCGAUUUUUAAGGAAUUUCUAAGAAAAAAGGAAAGUUUUUCGAAACGUUUAAAUAGCUUUAACUAAAACAUUCUAGUACCAGGUUAACUUUUAUUUAACAAUUUCUUGCCUACUACCACUGAGACUAGUAUUUAAUUUAAAUAUCUUGUUCGUCUUUAUCAAUUUCAUUAAAAUAUCUCUUAUUAACCAUAUAUGUGUACUAUGUAAUCUUUCACAGAGUUAUCACGAAGCAGAGUUAUCCCGAGGAUGCAAAGAAAUACG